UGAUUUACAUGUAAUCAAUAAUCAUUUUUAUGUAAUUCUGGGAGAUUGAUAAGGGCAUGCUUUUUAUGGGUUUGAUUUAUAUGUAAUUCGUUAAAGAUUACAUGUAAAUUAUUUCUUAGACAUGCUCACGAAUUUUUUCCCAUAUUAAUUUACAUGUAAUUAUAGGGGUGUGAUAGUUGGUACAUUUUGUGCACUUGAUUUACAUGUAAUUUAUAAGAUAGUAAAUAUAAUUGUUCAAGUCAAAAACCUUACACCCUAAGCCAAAACACGUGCACCAUAAGUUAGAUCCUUUGCACUCAAGCCAAAAACUUUACACCUCAAGCAAGAACACGUGUUUGCAUCUCAAAUCCAAAAGCUUUACAUCUAAACUAGAAGCCUUGCAUCUUAAACCAAAAUCCUUGCUCUCAAGCUAAAAGUCUUGAACUCUUAAGCCAAAAAAUUUGCUCUCAAGCUAUAAGUCUUAAACCUUAAGCCAAAAUCCUUACACCCUUUGAUUGUUGAGUUUACAUAUAAUCUUUGAUGAUUACAUGUAAUUAAGGGGAGUUGAAUUUUUUUGGCAACUCUUCAUUUGCUGACCGGAGUUCCGACAAAUGUAUCCUCAAUUAUUAGAGGAAUGGCCAAAGCUCUGUUCAUUGAAUUUUGUGCAUCUUUUUUAAUUUCUUUUUAAUUAACAUAGUGGAACAUUUUAGUCAUUUCAUCAAAUUAUUUUAUAAAUAAAAUAAUAAGUUUGGUCUUUUAAUUUAUUUUUAUCCUUGGGUAUAAUUUUAGUUUCAACUAGGUUAUCUCGACCAAUUCUCCCCUUUUUUAUAUAUUCAUUCUUACGGAAAAAAAAAAACCCCUCAACCGAAAAAAAAACUGGAGCCAAUGAAAAGGGCUGAUUCAGGUCCAAAUCACUCGAGCCAGCUGACGACGUCACUAUUCAACGAAACCGGGAAACCGCCAAGGGACGUCGGCGUGCAGCGUAAUUCCCAGGAUUCGGAAGACCUCGAACACGGUGUUUUGGCAAGAGCUUAUUCUUCGACCAAAGAUAAAAAGAUACAUAAGCGGAUGGACAGAGCCAAGUAUGUGGCAUUGGUGGGAGCUGGAGCUCUCUUGGGCUCUGUGUCUACCGUCUUCGUUCUAAAGCUUCUACAAAAACGCAGUGUACAGCAAUGCCGAAAGAAUACUACUGAAUUAAACGGUAUGGAGAGAUGUACUGCCACUCAUAAAAAGAAUGAUAAGGUGGCUAAUGAAGAUCUUCUAAAUGAUGAGAUUGUUUCUGAACACCUGACUAGGAACAUUCAGUUCUUUGGUUUUGAAUCUCAAAGGAAAGUGACUGCAUCAUAUGUUGUGGUCAUUGGCCUUGGAGGGGUUGGUAGUCAUGCUGCAUCUAUGCUUUUGAGGUCAGGGGUUGGCAAGCUACUUCUAGUGGACUUUGACCAGGUUUCUCUUUCUUCACUAAAUCGACACGCUGUUGCAACAAGAGCAGAUGUUGGCAUCCCAAAAGCUCAGUGCCUCAAGGAGCAUUUCUUAUCUAUUUUCCCGGAGUGCCAAAUAGAUGCAAAAGUUCUGUUAUAUGAUACAUCUACUGAAGAAGAAAUUCUCUCAGGCCACCCUGAUUUUGUUCUGGACUGCAUUGACAACAUUGAUACAAAGGUGGCCCUUCUUGCUGCAUGUGUACGUAGGGGAUUGAAGGUUCUAUCUGCUAUGGGAGCUGGUGCUCGGGCCGAUCCAACAAGAAUACGCAUUGCUGAUCUAAGAGAAUCCACUAAUGAUCCAUUAUCUCGAGCUGUAAGACACCGCUUGAGGAAAGAUCAUGGCAUUGAAGGUGGUAUUCCUGUUGCCUUUUCUUUAGAGAAACCCAAAGUAAAGUUGCUUCCAUUCAAAGGACCAAGUGGAGAAGGGGAAAACCCUUCAGACUAUCAGAUUGUACCAGGCUUUAGGGUCCGUAUCAUACCUGUGCUGGGCUCCAUCCCGGCAAUAUUUGGACAAGUCAUGGCCUCCUAUGUUGUGACAUGUCUAGCAGGGUUGCAAGUUCAAACAGAACCUGUAGUCAAUUUUGACACGGAUCAUUACCAUACUCUUCAUCAGCGCCUAAUUGAGCAUGAGGAGUCAUUGUAUGGCUCAGCUGUGCAUGUGCAGGUUGAUGUGGAAGAAGUGAUGUAUAUUGCCAAAGAAUUGUGGCACGGCAGAAGUGCUAGAGAGCAGUUUGCUAAAGAUGUUGGACGAGGGAUGUGGCGAUCAGUUAAUGAAUUGAUGCUUGUAAGGUGGGAUCGCACUAAACCGGCCAAUGUUUCAAAUCUAAUUCUUUUAAAAUUCAAAGAGGCGGAUGAGCAUGAGUCACGGACAAUAGAUGAUAUAAAGAAGGAAGAACCAGAAUUCUACAAGAGAGUAACUGGCGUUCUAAGACGAGCUGAACUUGACUUUGGGUUGUGAUAAACAUUUUGCUUAGGAGGGAAGGAGUGAUUUAUGCGAGACUUUAGCUUAGGGUUUUGUCUGUAAGAAUUGUUUUCUUGACAAGCAAGAAGGAAAAUAAAUUUAAUUAGGUAAGAAAAAUUAUGUAUUAUUUUUCUUUUGAUUGUGCUGAAUUAUGGAGUAUGGGUUUGCCCUUGUGGCUAGUGAGAACAAUUUUGCUAACGAUCUUACCCUUUGUAAUGUGAAGGUGCCUUAGUCAAUACUUGAUAAUUUUAUUUGAAAACUUGCAGUCAAA